GCAAGGCACCCCAACCAACACCAUGGGUAGGCGCACGAAGAAGGUGGGAAUCACCGGGAAGUACGGUGUCCGGUACGGUUCGUCGCUCCGUAAGGUCAUCAAGAAGAUCGAGAUCACCCAGCACGCCAGGUACACGUGCCCCUUCUGCGGAAAGGACACGGUCAAGCGAAUGGUGUCCGGAAUCUGGAAGUGCUCCGCCUGCGGGAAGAUCUCUGCGGGCGGCGCCUACACGCUCAACACCCCCGCGGCGGUGACCGUGCGGUCCACCAUUGCGCGCCUGCGCAAGGGCGCGACGGAGACUGGAAAAUAAUCUGUUUUUCCUGUUGAUGUCGGGUUCGGAUAGGAACGGAAAAGGUUCUGUGGAUGGGGGUGCCAACUCUCUCGGGGUUUGAUAAAAUGCCGAAGUGAACCAUUCUUACCUUUUUUUCCUGUUGUAUUCGAGUGGCGUGGGGAAUCCCGUCCUGAUGCUGGGGCAGCGUUGAUCGAUCGACCCGUGCACGGUGGGAUGCUCGCAGAUGAUGCUGUGCCUUGGCCGCUAUUUUUUCGAGACGCGCGUGCGUCAGAAGCGGCCGCGCUUUGUUUCCAGUAAGGGAGCGGCGCCGUACUCUUGCCGCAAAAACCUCCUGGCGACCUCCUUGUGCUCGAGUUUUGGCUCUUGUGCUGCGUCACGCUGCGCACGUACUUUUUUGUGUGUGAUGACGAUGUCACCCUCGUGUCUCACCAAACACCGUGUGCAGUUCACCCGCACCAUCCGUGCGCGCUUAGUCCAACUUGUUGAGGCGCACUGAUUGGAUGUGACGGAACUUCAGCACCGUUUUAUUGGAUCACAAGUUGACCUAGGCACGAGUAUUUUACCGCCAUAGUUGUACGUGUCGGCGGUGUCGACUUGUUCCCAUCUAUCAA